AAAAAAAAACUACAAUACCAACCUCCUCUUCAGUAGAAAAAUACGCCGAGGAUAUCUAUGUAAUUCAGUCAUCGCCGGACUUUCUCUGUCCCAAGACUUCAACAAUGACUGUCUAUUUUUCUUGUCUUUCCCUUGCAGGACAGGUUGUGGAAUACUUGGAAGGGCGGGGGAGAGGGAGUGACGGAGAUAUGUGCGAUUCGAAGGUUGAGACGAUCUCCAGACUUGUUCAAUGGAGGAUCGAGAACUUUGGGCCUUGCUCUUACAAGAAGUCUGACCCCUUCAAGAUCGGUCUUUGGAACUGGCACUUGUCUGUGGAGAAGAAUCGGCAUAUGCACAUAAAGCUAUUCCCGGAACCAUCGAGAAUGUCCAAGGAGCAGCCUCCGAUUGCAAGUUUCAUUCUUCGAGUGAAUACAGGACCUGGUCGCAAACCGUACAUCUCCCCGAUUCACGAGAGACUGCUUAGGACCAGUGAAGACUUUCUCUGGCCCAUUGAUUCUACCUUUCUUGGUCGCUUCAUUAUUGAUGUUGAGUUUCUGGACCUGAAGAUCUGCCCAUUGAAUGGUGGGGAAGCUAGUUCUAUAUGGCCCAGUGAUGGAAUGAUGCAAUCCCUAGCGACCCAAAGUACUCUUCAAUGCCUGUCUCGCAUGCUGAAUGAAUCCAUCCAUUCUGAUGUCACCAUUAACACGACUGAUGGCACUCUAAAAGCUCAUAAAGCCGUUUUGUCUGCAAGCUCUCCCGUGUUUGAAAGCAUGUUCCUCCAUGACCUUAAGGAGAAAGAGUCGUCCACAAUUAUCAUAGAAGACAUGUCUUUAGAAGCUUGCGCAGCCCUUCUUAAUUACUUAUAUGGAACUAUAAAACAAGAGGAUUUCUGGAAGCAUCGGCUUGCAUUGCUGGCUGCAGCAAACAAGUAUGGCAUUUCAAACCUAAAAGAUUCAUGCGAGGAAAACCUCCUGGAAGACAUCAACUCUAGUAAUGCCCUUGAGAGGCUGCAGGUGGCCUGGCUUUACCAGCUGAACAAGCUAAAGAAAGGAUGCCUAAUGUACUUGUUUGAUUUUGGCAAGAUCUACGAUCUUAGAGAAGAAAUUAAUAAUUUUUUCAGGCAAGCAGACAGGGAGCUGAUGCUGGAAAUGUUUCAGGAGUUGCUUACGGUUUGGAAGCCAACAUAGAUCAUUAGUAUUCUGUGUGGGCGGUUAAUGCGGCAUUCUGCCCUGCUUUUGUCAAUCUCUGGAGGUUGUAGAGGAUCAGAAAUAUGCUGUAUAAAUUUCCUUUGUGCUGUUUAAAAGUGGUUUCAGUUGGAGUGCUCAGUAUUUGUACUGUUUGAAAGAGACACGAAGGCUCAUGUACAGGGGGUCGAGCAGUUUGCUUUAUAAUCACCUUCCUUACCUUACUUCGAAGCCCAGAUGGCAGGACCCAUAUAUUAAAAUGGUGAUCAAAGGAGGACAAAAUUGAUAUGGUUGUUCAAA